AUGGGGCAUAAACAUAAACAAAGGACUGAUUCUGAUUCCUCUAAAGAAGACUGUAACGAUUCAUCAGAAGAAAAAUUAAAUAUAAAGUAUGAUAUUUUAUUUAAAGUUUUAAUAAAACAUGUAAACAAAACAAAAAAAAAUUUUUUUUUUUUUAAUUACAGUAAUAAUUCCAAUGAUUCGCUUGAUUCUAUACAAAGUUUAAAAGAUAAUAAAUCAAAAUCGAAAACAUUUCAAGACAGAAGUACAAUUUUUAAAAAAAUGAUUCCAACGGAAGAGGAAUUGAAAUAUAGGAAAGAAAAAUUAAACGAUGAUGAAUUAGUAAAUAUUUUAUCAAAAGAAUUUAAAUGUACAAAGUGUGGUUAUGAUUUUAAAAAAUUAAUUAACAAAAACCAAAAAGUUUAUUUUCAUCCACUUAUGGAUGUUUUAAUGUGUGAUGAGUGUUGUGAAUACUACGGAGAUGAUGACUUUUCUUUGGAUAGCGAAAAUGAAGAUAAAUAUUGUCGUUGGUGCGGUGAAGGUGGUACUAUUUUAAGUUGUUCUCAAUGCAUUUGUGGAUUUUGUAAUGUGUGCAUUAAAAAACAUUUUGGAAAAGCUAGUCUUAAGGAAAUUAAAAAAGAAGAUGAAUGGUUGUGUUAUUUUUGCAACCCUAAACCCUUAUGGAAAUUAAGACUUAUUUCUACAUUGGCAAAAAAGAAAUGCGAAUUAUUGAAAAAAAAAAAAAAAAAGAAGGAGGAAGAAAAUCGAGAAAAUAUUUCAAAAUCUAAAAAAGAUAUUAAAAAGAGGAAAAAAAAAUCCGGGACUUAUGACGUUGAUAUCACAAUCGAUUCGGAUGAUAGUGAAAAACGAAAGAAAAAAAGAAAAAUGGCUACAGACGAUAGAAAUUUAUCUGACGUUUCAUUAGAUAAUUUAAGUCCUGUGGGAAAAAAAAAAUUAAAGUUAGAUAAAUCUAAUAGUGUGCACGACGAUGGAGAUACUGGUGGAACGGAAGAGGAAUUAUCAUUUGAUUUAAAAAAAUUUGAAUAUAUAGAAAAAUUAGAAAAUUUAGUUAAACUUACGGAAUAUCAAAUGGAUUUGGGCGCGAAUUGGAGUAAGAGAAAAUUAAUAAAACUUCAGGAAAAAACUUUGUUUAACACGGAAGAAAAAAUGAUAAAACAAUGUAAAAAAAUUAAAUGGUAUAUAUCAUCUUUGGCUUCGCUACUUAUAGGAUUCAGUAAUUCUGUUGAAACAAUUGAAAAAUCUAUCACGAGCAAAGAAGAAGAAGAAGGAAGGGAAAAACCAUGUUUGGAAAGUCCGAAUCACGAUUUCAUAUUAAAAUUUCUUAAUUUUCUCGCAAAUCAAGUGAAAAUGUUAAAAGAGAAAAGUAUAGAUUUAAAAGAUGUUUUCGACGCGGGUACCUACGAUAUUAACUCGUUAGUGAGUACCAAAGAAACGACUUCCGAUUCGCCACCCGUUAAUUACGGUAUCGUCGACGAAAACAUAAAAAACACGGGUAACGUUUUUAUCUUACACGAAAAUGAGAGCGAGGUCAAAGGUGAAACCAACGAUAUCGUAGAUACGUCACUGAUUUGCGACGAAGACGAACCGAAAUUGAAAAUAUGCAGUGCAAAUAGUACACCCGUAAAAUGUGGAAAAAAAUCAAAUGAAUCCGAGAACUCGGAUAAAAAUAAAGAAAAACUCAAAAGUCCGAUAAAAAUGUCAUCGAUUGAUUUAAAUCAUGAGGUGGAAGAAAAUGAAAAAAAAAAAAAAAAAGAGGCUAGUGCUGAUACGGUCGUGGAAGAAGAAAAAGAUGCCCGUACUACUACUACUACUACUACUACUACCACCACACCAAAGAAAGGAAAAGGGGAUUCGCCGAAAAAAUUAAAGGGAUCUCAUGGGGAACAAAUUGAGGGAAAAAAUUUAAAAAAUGAAACAAAGAAAAUGGACGAUAGGGAAAGUCAAAAAGAAGUAGUAGAAAAAAUAAAGGAAAGCGUAAAAAAUUUUGACGAUUUUAACAGGAGUACACAGGAAUCGGAAAAAGGGGAAAGUCAAAAAAGUGUGGAAAAUGGAGGCGGGGGUUCUGAAAUACUCGGCGAAGAUGAUUUUACAGAAAUUCUUAACAUAUUAAAUGAUUAA